CCAAGUGCCGGCCGUAGCAAGCAAAACCCAGCCGGUGGUUCACAAUGCCGGCCAGCCUGCCCCUCGCCACCGUCUUACUUCUCCUCGCUGCGUCCGCCGCAGCCACUGGCGACGGCUACAGCGGCAGGAUGGUCAUCAUCGACGCCCCCGGGACAAGGGUCGCCGGUGCUCGUGACGGCAAGUGGCCGCGGCGCCUGGAGAACGACGUGGCGCCGGAGUUCCCAGCCGCCGGCAGCCUGCAGGGGGCGGACGGCGGCCACAUCUCCACCGGCGCCCUCCAGAAGGACAAGCCGGUGUGCCUGAGCGGCAACCAGUGCGCCACCCAGGCAAGAGGAGGGUCCUAUACCCGGCCGUGCACGUACCAGGGCCAAUGCCCCCAGUGACCGGCAGCUACGUGCCACGGUGUUACUGUGCGUGCGCUGCAGUUGCACCUUGCACGAGUAAACAUGCGUUUGUGACCGUGACGAACCGUGCAUGCUGUGUGUAUUAUCUUUCUUUUUUGGCGUUUAUAUCGAUCUUAGCUAAUUGUGUUGCGUUAUACGGCGGUUAAUAUCGUCUAUGAGUGCUACGGUGGUACCAAAUAUUUCGAUUUCUACUGUUAAAAUGAAAUCCGCCUGACUGUUGCGCAUCUAUUUCCAUUGGCACAACGAGCUGGAGAUGAA